GUGUUUCAAUUAUGGCGGCGGUGUGAAGCACGUAAGUUUUCAUUUUCCGUGUAAGCCAAUCUGAACUUUCCGAGAACAUUGCCGAAGGAAUUGCGCCUCCGUCACCAUGUCGAAGCUAAUUGGCAUGGAUAAGCUGCGAAACCUCCUGAAGUCCAUAAAGCAUGCUGGGGGACUCCGAGCAGCUGCGUAUCGGUUGUAUCGCUUCAAUGAUCUGAGAUGGGGACAAUAUGUUGGUGAAGACAAGUAUGGCAACAAAUACUAUGAGAACAAGUUCUUUUUUAUGGGUCGAAGCAGAUGGGUAGAAUAUCCCCCAAAUGUUGGGACUGACUAUGAUGCCAGCAUGGUGCCUGCAGAAUGGUAUGGCUGGCUUCAUUACAAGACUGAUAACCUACCAACAAAGGUUCCUCCAGUGAAGUACCCAUGGAUGCUUGAGCAUUCACCCAAUACCUCUGGAAGCAACCAGGCGUACUUCCCCUACAGCACAACAAGGCAGAAAAUUGAGCCCUGGCUUCCUCCUCAUCUUAGAUCCCAAUCUGGGCAAGCUUAGUGUUUUUUCUGUGAUGUAUUUCCUCAUGCAUUGAAUGAUAGGAUAGUCGACUUACCCCUCAAAUAAACCAUUUAUUCCAAAAAUA